GAUGGCUGAGAAAGGCAGCCAGGCAGGACCUGGUGAAACUUCGGAGAAAAUGUCCGACUCUCCCUCAACUCUGUCACAGAGUUGGCAGAAAUGCAGUUCCAAGGCAGAAUUGAAGGCUGCCCUCUACAGGUUUUGGCGCGACAACGUGCCACAGGCCUACACCUCCAACGAGCUGAGUGUCCCUGAAGAGGACGUGGUAUGUCAAGAGAAAUUACUCAAGCCCCUGGAGUGGUUCAUGUGCAAUGGAGAUCCCCGCCUCGUCUUCCAGCAACUCAAGAAGACAGACAGCCCCCCGCAGCUGUGCGGCCGAGUCUUCAAGAUGGGAGAGCCCACCUACUCCUGUCGGGAUUGCGCUAUGGAUCCAACCUGUGUGCUGUGCAUCGAGUGCUUUCAAAAGAGCAAGCACAAAGCCCACCGAUACAGGAUGAACACUUCUGGAGGAGGAGGCUACUGUGACUGUGGUGACAUUGAGGCCUGGAAGAGUGAUCCCUACUGCAGUAUUCACCAACCCAACCCAGAGAAACCAGUACAGGACCCCUUGGAGCAUCUACCUAUUGACAUGCAGUCCUACUCCUCUGCUCUGUUCUGCAUCAUUCUUCACUACUGCUGCGACAUGCUGCUCCAGGAAGACCCUGAAGUACCCAUGGAGGAUCUUCGGCCAAAGAUAAUGGAAGACGCAUACUGCACAAUGCUGUUCAAUGAUGAAAUUCACACCUAUGAACAGGUGAUCGAGACCUUAAAGAAGGCGGUGAAUUGUACACCCAAGGAAGCUGUUGAUUUUGCAACAAUUGUCGACAGAGAGGGGCGGAGCACAGUGCGUAAUGGUUUCUACAAGGAUUGUGAACGUGCUCGCAACAUCAUCAAACGCACCACCUCCCUGCACGACGCCAAGUCGCUGAAGGUACAUGUGAUGCACUCCACCGUGGUGGCACAUCAGACGUACAGCCUGAAACUGCUGGGCUGGUUAUCAGAAGUGUCAGCGUAUGCAGAUGGGUUACGUCAGCUUGUCUGUCAGGAGUUGAUGAAGCCACUCCAUGCCUCAGAGUAUACCAUCCUAGAACAGAUAAUGUUGAAUGACACAAAACUCUGGAAAGUUGCACGGAUACAGUGGCAUAAGCUGUUCAUGAGCACUCUUCUCAUGGACAUGGAAUACAAGAAGAAAUUUGCCAUCAUGUUCACCAAGCACUAUAGUCAGAUACUGCACGACUUUGCUGAGGAUGACCAUGACCAUGUUGUGUCUGUGACUUCGCUGUCGGUGCAGAUAUACACCGUUCCAACCGUGUCGCGGAUGUUAAUUGCGGAACACAAUCUCUUGGCUGUCGUUCUGAAGACGUUUGUGGACUACACUCAGAAGUUCAGAGAGGGACCAGGGACUGGAAAGUUCCGAUUCCAGCGGAUCAAUCUCAAUGGACUUCGUCGCUUCCACUUUGUUCUGAUUGAUCUAAGGUACAUCUUGUCCAACAAGCCUGAAGAGUGGACCCCAGCAAUCCGUGACUAUGUGAUGGAGGGAAUCACAGUGUUGUUGAAUCUCCUCAGUGCCAUGCAUGGAAUGGAUCAAGUGGUGAGGCAGGUUGGGAAACACAUUGAAAUUGAGCCGGAGUGGGAGACGGCCUUCAAUCUCCAGAUCAAACUCAGUCCCUGCUUGACUCUGUUUCUGGACUGGUGUGCCUUAGAUCGAUCCCUGCUCUUGAAGGCAUACCGUGCUGCCAUGACCAUGCUGCGCAAAAUUACCCACAACUGUUCUGAGAAGGAGGUUGAAGUGGCUAACCACAAGACAAAGUGCCUUGUCUACAAUGUGUCCAUCCAGCCGGUGACUGUCCACUGCACGCUGGUCCGGUUCUUGGCAGGUUUGCAACUCGGGCUCAGCAGGUACAAUCUUAGCUACCUGUCCGAUGGCUUGCUACCCCCGUAUCCACUGUCACCCUUGGAGCUGAUGGAGGAACCGUUGCGGACUCAGGUCUUGAUGGCUCAGGUCUAUGCUGCCAUGUGGAGACGUAAUGGGUACUCGUUGCUAAACCAGAUCUACUACUAUCAGAAUGUGGCCUGCCAGCGAGAGAUGUACGAUAAAGACAUCAUCAUGUUACAGUCUUGUGCCUGUUUGAUGGACAGCAAUGACUUCAUGAUCCGUACUCUAGACCGCUUCAAUCUGGUUCGCUUCCUGAGCGUUGAAUUUGAGGCCAGCUCAACCCCUGAGGACAUCCAGCAGCGAUCCCUUGGAUUGACCAUCAUGGAAGAGUUCUUGCAUCUACUGAUUGUACUGGUCAGCGAGCGAUACAUCCCUGGGGUUGGCCAAGUGACCGACGCUGACCGGGUGCGGAGAGAAGUCCUGCAUCAGCUGUACAUCAACCCAAUGUCACACAGUGAAAUGGUCAAGGCCUUACCCAAAGAUCAUUGUCACGAAACUGGAGUGGAAGAAGUCAUCGAUUCAGUGGCCAAUUUUAAGAAGCCAACUGGAACCAAUGGCAAGGGUCUGUAUGAGAUCAAGCAAGAGUGUCUGGCUGAAUACUCCCCAUUCUUCUAUCACUACUCAAGAGUUGACCAAUCUAAGUCUGAAGAGCAACAGCGCAAGAGAAUGAAGCAAGAGAAACCUAAACAAGCUGGUUGUCCUCCUCUGCCACCGCUUCCAAGCCCCAACUUCAAGAAUCUCCCUCAUCUUCUAGACAAUGACGUCCUCAUUUUUGUCUUGGUUACCAUCGUCCGCCGGACAGUGGAGCAGAUCCGUCAAAUCUUUUCAGAGCACUCCAUACACAGGGCUUUGUACUUAACGGGGCUGGCUGUACUUGAAGAGAAGAGACACAUGAGCAUGGGAGAACAUUUUAACUUCCUUGAAAAAGCUAUGAAAGGCGAGCCAAGUUUCCUGGAUCUACUUAAGAAGCUGAAAGGAAACCCUACAGUGGAGCCCCACAAGGAGCUUCUAGCUUGGGUCUUACAGAACAUCACCGAACUGCAGCUCAUGAAAGGGGAGUCCUCCACCGCCUCCUUGGCACCGUCGUGCUCCGCCCCUGAGACUCAGGACGAGGAGCAGCGCAAGCAAGAGGCAGAGCGGCAGCGGAGGGCGGAGCUUGCCAAGAAAAAGAGGGCGCACGCGAUGGACCAGAUGAAGGCCAUGCAGCGUAGCUUCAUCCGACAGAACCCAGAGUUCUUUGAGCAGACAGCUGAGGGCAGCAGACACGAGAGGACAGCCUCCACCUCCAGCAUGGACACAGUGGACAUGUACUUUCCGUCUAGUCCAGUUGAGGAUACAUUAGUAGCACUGGGUCCAUCACACAGUUGUCCGCUGUCAGAUGAGAUGUCCAAGGUGACCUGUAUACUGUGCAUGGAGGAGUCCGAGAUCAAACCAGAUGGAGAGUGUCUUGUUCUGCCCAUGUUUGUCCAGAGGUCUACGGUACUGUCCAAAGCUCGAAACAGAGAUUUAGGAAAUCCAGAUGAGCUAGAUCCACUGUUCGUGUCCUCGCAGUUGAUCUGGGGAGUGCAUGCCAGCACCUGUGGACACGUCAUGCACGCUGACUGCUGGCAAGGGUAUUUUGAGUCCCUGGUUCUCAGGGAGCAGCGGAGGACUUUCCGUUACCGUAACAACCUCAUCUAUGACCUGAGCCGACAGCAGUAUCUCUGCCCGUUGUGUAAGACCAUUGGCAACACUGUCAUCCCUGUGCUGUCACCACUACAGUUUCUGCCGCUGGAGGAACAAAGUGACACAUUGAGCAGUAGCUUCCAGAAUUGGCUGGCCCUGGUGAAAGGAAUGGUACACUCCGGUAUUAAGCCACCUCAGCAGCCUGGAUCAGAUCCCUUGGAUCUAUCCACUUCGGCAGAGGGGUCACAGGCAGAAAUGGAGGGACCUACGGGCUCAACCGAAGAAAUGGAAGAGAUGGGCAGUGCAGAUCUGGAUAAGCAAAUAUUCAGUGGCACAGGACUCCUGGAGACGUUAGGCGAUGCAGCCUCCCAGACCUUUGAAAGGCUAGAGACGCUAGGAGAUGCUGCCACACAGAAAUUCCAGAAAUUCUACGCCCUUCUGCAAGGCUCCAAUUUCCCCUUUUCCAAGAGUGUCCAGGAGAUGAUUCGUAUGUUUUCCAAGACGGCAUACACUGUUGGUCUUGGUGUAAUGCCUGACGAUGAGAAUGAAAGGGUCUCCAUCAUGUCCUGGAACAUUUGUGCAUACACAAUACAGUCAACUGAGGUGCUAUUGAGAAGCAAGGCCAAGCCAUUAUUCGGAGAGAUGACAUCUAGACAGAUUGAAGGAUUAAGAGCCUUAGUGCGCUUUGCCACUGUCAACACGUUCUACUCCAACCAGGCCCAUAUCCAGAAGCAUGUGAUCCGACUGCUUUCAGUAUUUUCUCUGGAGCAUACAAAUACUGGGCCAUGUCUGCUUGAUAUCGACGUAUUUUCACUGCUGGUCAGUGUGUGCUUAUCAGGGGCUACUGUGCAGGCAAGUGACAGGGCGACUGGAUUGAAGGCUACUGUGUCCACCAUGCCCACUGAGGGCCACCAUGCCCUGAGAGCUGCACUGACGGCACACCUUGUACAGCUACUACUCACAGUGCAGAUAGCAAGUCAAGAUGAGGAGUCCUGCAUGGAUCAGGACGGAUGCAGUAACCAACAGGCUCAGGCCAUGCUGCAGGCAUACAUCAGGAUAAGAAGAUUAGCGGGCAUUUCUGUUGAUGUUCAUCCCGAUCCCUGGAUGCUGUUGGAAGUCAUCCGCUCCUCCUGCCUCCCCUUUCUGAGGUGUGCCACAAUCUUCUUCCAUUUCGUCACCGAUGUGCCCACACCGAAAGAGCUGAAGGCCUCAUGCCUAGAUGAGUCCGAACCACUUUGUCGCUACCUCGCCAUGCCAUGUGACCUUUCUAGCCUGGUAUCUGAGGAACAAGAACCUUUUAUGCUGGACCUAAUCGCAGCUUGGUGUCAACAUCCAGACUUGAAGUUAAAGCUCAGUGACUCUUGUGGAGAUCUUGUUCGGUUCUCGAUGGAAAUCAACAGGCUGAUAGAACUACCUGAAGAUUACAGUGACCUGAUGAAUAACGUGUCCAUGUUUACGUGUCCGAAGGCCAGCGGUGCGCAGAGUGACAGCAGAGCUCCUGCGUUGUGCCUGGUGUGCGGUGCUGUGGUCUGCUCACAGAGCUACUGUUGUCAGACGGAGAUUGAUGGUGAGACGGUCGGCGCCUGUACCUCCCAUGCCAUCACCUGCGGGGCUGGAGUGGGCCUGUACCUGAGAGUGCGAGAGUGCCAGCUUCUGAUGAUGUCGGCAAAGAACAAAGGCUCUGUACACCAGACACCCUAUCUGGAUGAAUAUGGGGAACCAGACUUAAAUCUUAGGCGUGGCAACCCUCUCCACCUGAGCCAGGAGCACUACAACCAGCUACAUCAGACCUGGCUGUCCCACAGUAUACCCUCGCAGGUAGCCCACAGACUAGAAGCCAACAAUUCGCUCCUGACCAUCGACUGGCAGAAUCUGUAGUCUCAGAAGGAGAUACGACUAUGGUGAUAUUGACAUCACAGGUGCAAUGCAACUUGACCUGCAUAGAGCAUAGCACUCUUUUCUUUGUCCUAAUAAACGUUCAUAGUACAUUGCUGCUUGUCAUUUAUUUCAUGGAGGCCAUUACAGAGGUUGAAAUUAUGGGCGAAAAAACAAUUUUCUAACCCAGUUUGUUCAAACUAAUGUUUGUGAUGCUGUACGUGAAUGUACUAUACCAGACUAAAAUUUUAAUGAUGUUCGAGCACAGUCUGUGUCUAAUGCUACCCGUUACUAACGGAGUCAGCUAUGCAGAAUGGUCCCGUGACUUGUGAAAGUUAAUUGCCCAAGAGCAGUGGCACUUUAAGAGCUUUAAUAGAAUCCUGAAUUGGGACGCAUCGAAUUCUGGAAAUACUUUAAAAAUAUGCUUGUUGUCUAUGCCGGAUUUUGGACAGAUUGGUGCUUAGAGGUACAUGUGUAGUAGGGUUCAGCGUCUAGUGGAAACGAGUUUUAUAUCUCUGGCAAAUGACAUUUAAAUGGUGUACAUGCAUGUAGAAUUUAAGAGGGUUGGGUUUUGGGGUUGGAGUAGGGUUGAGGGAAAGGUCGGUUUGUGAAAGUGGGUGGGGCUCCACUCGUAGCCCCUCCCAUGCUGUGGUGUUUCACAUUCUGCUGAUAUGCUUCAUAUUCUUGCUUAAAGCAAUGGCAAUGCAUUGCACCUCAUCACACAUGGCAACAGAGCCAGUCGCUCAUAUUGAAUAACCUUCCUACAGAGACUGCAUGCCAUCUCUAGUGGUGCUUAAUCUUUAAUUCAAAUCCAGAAAUACUGGCUGAACUGUAAUACAUAAUUUCCCGAACUAUUGAUAUCGGCUGCUGGCUUGUUUAGUUUUUAGAAUCAUUUUUAGUUCAUGACUCAUUUUUUUUCUUCUGUUUGUCAUCUUAUGAAGGAUUGAAUCAGGUCUCCCUGAGAGUUACUUUAACCUCUGAUCUGAGCCAAACCUGAUUGGUUGACAGUGUAAUGUAAAAUUUGCAUGUUAAAAGUUCUAUUAACAGAGAUGCUUGUGUUGUGCAGAGAGGUAUCUGCAGGUAUUUUUAUUUUUGAAGGAUGCACUAAUGAGUAUGAUAUGAGUGACAGCGUUAAGAACUUGAAAAGUAAACUACAAUGUAUCUAUACUAAGCAUAUGAUCCCAGGAGCACUACCGUUUGAGUAUCUAUGACUCUGUUCCUUGUAACUUGUGUUUCUGUUGAUAUUUCAAGUGCAUUAAUUUGAUUUUUAUCGUUGAGUGGUUUAUCUGUUAAUUUGGCACAGUGCAUACGUUCUGUUUAAAACCCCUUACACAGUGUCCUGUUAUUUUCAUUCAGAUUCAGAGGAAUGAUUAUAUUUCCAAGUAGGUCACUUGGGAGACAUUUUGUGGUAAAUUUUUCAACAUUAGGGAGACAUCGGUCAUUAGGGAGACAUUUUGCU